AUGGCAGAAGGGGGCUGUGCAAAGAACGAAGAGGAGGAAGCCACUGUCUCGGAGGAGGAUCUGGGUUCGUCUCGUGGCAGCGGCGUGUGUAAAUGGUUCAACGUUCGGAUGGGUUUCGGGUUCCUGUCCAUGACCAACAUAGAUGGGACACCGCUCGAGGAGACUCUCGAUGUUUUCGUUCAUCAGAGCAAGCUGCACAUGGAGGGCUUCCGUAGCCUGAAGGAGGGCGAGGCGGUGGAGUUUACCUUCAAGAAGUCGUCUAAAGGCCUAGAGUCUGUCACUGUGACGGGGCCAGGGGGAGCACAGUGUGUGGGCAGUGAGAAGAGGCCUAAGGGGCAACAGAAACGACGCUCCAAGGGGGACAGAUGCUACAACUGUGGAGGACCUGACCACCAUGCCAAAGAAUGCCAGCUACCUCCUCAGCCCAAGAAGUGCCAUUUUUGCCAGAGCAUCAGUCACAUGGUGGCCAACUGUCCAAUCAAAGCACAGCAGUCCUCCCCUGGCGCUCAGGGAACAGCAUUGUCACUGAGGGACGAGGAAGAGGAGCAGAGCCAUGCCCCCUUUCCCCCCAGGGAGAGCUAUGAUUGAUCGAUUCAGGGAUUCAGCCAAUCAAAGGUUUCAUUGGAGUGCUGCUUUUGGAACUACAUCAGGUUGUCUUUAUCGCACAAACAGCAAGAAAUGUGUACUUUUAUUGAUGUGAUUGAUAGUUGAGAUCGAGAGAGAGCUCAGUGUUUUAAUUGUAUCUUCCCUGCUGCAGCUAAAUAAGAGGUAGCCUAUGUGGAUUUUCCUGGAGAUGAUUGUGAGUGCUCUGCUCUCUCACUCUAUACCAUGUUUUCCCAAAAAGCUUUUGUUAGAAAAAGCUAAAGGAAACACAAUCAUACAAGUGAAUGUACAGAUAUAGGUGUCCUGACUCUAAGACUGUUUCAUGGACAAAAAGGAGUGUGUCUUUUCUUCAGGUAUUAUAAGUCGUUGUGCAUUUCUACGGCCGAGUGAAUGUUUGAACCCUUUCUGCUGUAUGAAUGUUAGUACACCAUGGUUGCCGAUUGGACUGUGUACAAUACAGCUUGUCAUAAGUGCCAUAGCCUGUUCAUUUGUCUCAUGGGUGGUUGGAUGUGGCUCCCUCCCUUACAAAGCCUUGACUCAAGGCUAAAUGCGAGACCAAGCAUUGAUUGUAUGACAGUCUGUCUGUCCCACAGUUUUUACUAUG